CCCUGUCCUGGCGGGGUCCUUGGGAGUAUAUAUACCCGGAGACUCGAAGCUGAAGUCAGUACUUGCUUCAUCCUCAGCCAGUCCAUCACAAACUCCUCAAGAUGAAGACCGCCGUCGUCACCGUCCUCGUCGCCCUCGCCGCCAUCGUCUGCGCCAACGAGAGGGAGGAGAGAAUCCUCGCCUAUUACUCCACCACCUCCAUCACCCACCUCACCACCACCACGAUCACGGGACUCCAGACCUGCCUGUCGGUGUCGUCGACCUCGUGCACCGGCAGGAGGAAGAGGGCGCUCGCUGCUCCCCUGAAACAGUUCGUCGAAGAGCUCUCAAAGACCGAGCUGGAGGGCUCUCAGUCUCUGGAUGUGGAGAGGGAGAAGCGCGAUGCCGACAAAGAUGCCCGCGCCUUCACCUUCUGGUCCACCGUCUUCACCACCUUCACCCUCACGAGCACAUCCAUCUUGGACUCCACUACGGUGACAGUGUCCGCCUACUGUUCCGCGCCGGGAUUGACUGACAGCUGCUUCUAAAAAGGACAUUUCCCGUUUUCUUCUUUCGGCGGAUAGAUUCCCGUUUUCUACGUGUGGACGGGAGACAAUAGAUUCCCUUCCCGCCAUAGCUUUCAUUUUCGAAAGCGAAAGAAGAAAAAAUAGUAGGGUAGACGAUGGGUGAGGUAGAGAGGACAAGGACGCGAAACGUUGUCCUCACUUUCUCUCUCUCUCUCUCACCUCUCUGUCUAUUCUUGUUUUCUCAAGACCGUUUGUUAUCUCUCUAUUGUUCUCUAAUUUAUUGCUUAUUUUGUUGCGCAUCCUCAGAAUCUCAACUGUAUGUAUAUAGAUUUUGAUUAUUAAAUGUAUAAAAUGUACACCAAUG